AUGAAAAGUUUAAUAAUUUUGUUGUUCGCAACUGUCAUUGCUUCUGGUGAUGCUGCCCAGAAGUGUGAAGAAGUUACAGAUCCAUGUACACCACAAUUAGAAGAUGCAGAACCAAACACACUCGGCCAAAUUGCAGCACAAUGCUCAGGUGAUUUGGCAGAUGUCAUGUUCAGUACCAUUUCAGUUCUUGGAAGCUUCUUAGGAUUAGACCCUCCAGACACUUAUUUUAAUACGUUUUUUGCAAGUGAAAGGGAAGGUGUGAGCGCUUGUCUUGUUGAAACUGAUAAAGCGUUUUUGGGAAACUAUCAAAGCAUUAAUAACAAUAUAAAUGCUAUUGCUGCUUCCAAAAAAGUUUAA